GCACCUGCCAAGCGACCCAGGAGGCCUUGGCCAACCGCCAGGCGCAGGCAAAGGAGGGCCACCAGUCCUUGGAGAAGGAGCAACUGCAGUUGGCCUCCAAGCUGCGCCAGCUGGAGACCAUCAGGCUGAAGCAACUGGACCAAGACAUGAAGGUGGUAAAGGAGACUGUCUUGCAUGUGCAGCAAGAGCUCCAGAAGGAGGUGGUGAUUCCAGAGCACAUCCUGCGAGACCUGGAUGCCAAGAACGAGAAGCGCCUGGAGUCCGUGUGGGCUGAGCUCCGGACCCAUGCAGAGGCAGCGGCGACGCGCGCAGACAAGCUGGAGCAGAACAUCACCCUUCGUAUCGUGAAUCUGGAACGGUCGACCACCACACUGGCGAAGUCGGCGGAGCACAUGGGGAAUCUAGAGCAGGAGAUGGCGAAGCAGUCAGAGUGGUUCGCAUGGCGGAUCGCCUGGCUGGAGUGGGCCACCAGUGGAGAGAAGCGGAGCUUUGCCCGUCUGAUUCCCCCGCCCGCGACUCCGGCGGCCACCUGCUUCAAGCAGCCCCUGACAGAGGACUCUGAGCUAUGGGCCCAAGAGAAGACCGGGAACCAGCGAUUGCGUCGGGCGCCGAUCACCAAUCUACCCAACGUCUCCGGAGCGAAUUCAAGGUCGGCCAAAGGAAGCGCUUCCGCCGGCCUCUCGGUGUCGUCCUCUGCGCCGGAUUUGCAUGCUUCAGGGAAGUUGCCAGAUCUGCGCUGAGCCGAGAGGACGGCGCGCACUCAGAGCACAUCUCACCAGGUCUCACCGGGUCUCACUCAGCCGGAGCCGAAGCGCAACCAAGGGGACA